AUGGCGAAACGAUCACUCGAGUCUGAAGCUGUCUUGACUUCACCGAAACGACGAGUCCAGCCCGUUCCCGUGGAGAAGAGGCCCUUUGAAAUUACCAAUCUGAAAGAUGGGGAUGUGGUACACCAAACAUGCGUUGUGAUUGACGGUACUUGUCACAAUUUCGACUAUGCCGAAGAAACCAAUUUCGUGUCCGUUUCGUCGGCUGAUUCACUCAAUCAGUCACAACCUGUGAACCACUGGCCCUUGAAUAAGGGGCAAUGGAAGGCAUUAGUGAUGCUGGCCCCGGGAAACAAUAAGAUCGUGUUCAAAUUGCAUCAUGCAGGGGGAGUCUCGGGCUCUCUGGAAAUGGCCGUGAACUAUAUUCCUCUAUUGCAACUUCCACCACUCCAUCUGGCGAUCCUCGUCGCUAAGGACUCACCUCUCUUUAUCGAUUGUCCACCCGCUAAGUAUGGCGGCAUCUCGACUACACACAGCAGUCUCGACGCGGCUAUUGCCAAGCUCCGCAUGUCGGCGUACAUGUGGCAGGCUGUUACGGCCGAAGACUUCCGGCAAAAGGGGCUUGGUAGGCGCUCUUUCCGUCUGGAGGAGGAAUGGAUGUCCAAUACGACAUUGCAAACGGCUCAUCAAACGACACCUGGAGAUCAGGGCCGCAUGGCCGCCGUUGCAAAGGUGCACAUUAUCCGGUCUGACAAGUCUGUCGCGGAGAUCAGAGAUGCCGAGGUUGCGCAGCAGAAUUCUCGUGGUCGAAAUCGCGACGACCUUCAUGCAUACUUUGAGGCAGCUCUGGUUAAAUCAGGCGGUCCUUUUGAAUCACGAUGCCGCCCCGUCGUCGCUGGGCUGAUUCUGGACUCUCACUACUCCACUGAAAAAUCUAUGAUCAUGGGCCAUGCCGCGCUGGGCUGUCAUAAGUCUGAUGGAAUCUCGCUUGGAGUCUUUGGUAGCCACCUUACCUACUCUUGGCCCCGCUUUCUGGAAGAGGUUCCUGCUUGUCUGACAGACUUGACGCUUACCGGGGAUACUGUCGGUAACGAUAAUGGCGAAUGUGAUACUAUGCGCGGUGCCUGUUUUGUUGGUCAGGGCGCUUUUCUUCACGAGGUCGGCCAUGCAUUUGGUGCUGAUCAUACGACGGGUAUCAUGGCGAGAGGCUACAGCAAAUCCUGGGCUAUGAAUCUUAUAGAGCACAAGACAAACGACAAGGUGGUUAACGACUCGAGGUGGGAUCUGCGCGAUGUGCUCCAAUUCAAGCUCCUUCCGCACUUUGCACUCCCUGGUGACAUGCCUGUUCCAAAGGGCUUCAAGAACGCUGCCGUGAGCAUUCAGCUUGAUCUUGACAUGGCGGAUAGAAUGAAUGACGAUGAGGAACUUCGCGACGAGUUCAUCAAAAUCUCUUGUUCGGCAGGCCUUGCGCAAGUGAAAAUCCGGAAUGGCAAUGAGGAGCCGAAAGUCCUAUUCGCGGAUACCGAGUGGACGGGCCAGUACACAGCAUUCCAUAUCAACACCAGUCAGGAGGGAUUCGACCGGACUGAACCGUUGAAGAUCAUUGCUCUGGGAAUGAACGGCAAGGAGCGGGUGGUUGCAGAUGCAUGGAAGUUGCUGAAAGAAAAGCCAUACAUCCUGAUCCCCGGCAGCAAUGUGGUCCUUCGUAAACAAUCUGUUCGAUCCGAGCAGCUCGAAGGAGAGAUCAAUGACGACGAAUUUGUCCAAUGGGCCAUGCUCCUCAAGCACCGUGGCCAAGACGGUCAGUUGCACCGAGCAACAGCCAUCGAUCUCCGGGUUGGAUGCACCAUGGACGGAGCGGUUGUGCAUUAUGCCGAUGGGCGGCACGAGAACUGCGGCCCUGCUCGUAAUAGGCAAGGCAGACCUCAUACCUUCGGUGGACAUGCGUCCGAAAAGCACGAUCUCCCCGAAGGACAGACUAUCACCAAAGUUCGUCUUCGCACACAGGGCCGGCACUGGGGUGGUAGUUUGUCCGGAAUUCGCAUGACUCUGAGCAAUGGGGCUCAAUGGGGUUGCUUGCACGAUGAUCAAGGAGGUGAUAACUAUGACAGUGACGAAGCAGAAGAUGAUGACGAUGGUGAGGAUGAUGAAAGUGACGAUGAGCAUGAAGGAUCAUCGGUCAUUGCACUUGAACCAAAUGAUGAUGAGGUUGUUGUAGGAUUUUACGGAACAAGCUACUCGGGAUCUGGGUACACGUUUGAGUUUGGUAUCUUGACUGCGCCCAAGGAGGUUGAACUGCCCGAUGUGGUUUACGAUAUGCCGCAGUUGACUAAUGUUUGA